GGCUCUCUUCACGCGACAUCCCCCUCAAAUCCAUUUCCAAGAAACUCUCUCCCCGCUAUAUUGGUCCGUUCCCCAUCGAAGCUGUAAUCAGUCCAUCUGCUGUUCGUCUCCGUCUGCCCGCCUCCCUCCGCGUCCAUCCCACCUUCCACGUGUCUCAGAUUAAGCCCGUCCAGACCAGUACGCUCUGCCCUCCGGCCGAACCCCCUCCACCCCCCCGUGACAUUGAUGGUCAUCUUGCCUACACCGUCCGCCGGAUCGUGGACUCCCGUCGGCGAGGUCGCGGCUGGCAGUACCUCGUCGAUUGGGAGGGCUACGGUCCGGAGGAGCGUUCCUGGAUCCCUGGGUCGUUCAUCUUAGAUCGUUCCCUCAUCUCCGACUAUCGCUCCUCGUUGCCGUCCAGCUCUUCUAGGCCGCCAGGUGGCGACCGUUGAGGGGGGGGGUACUGUUAUGUUCCGGGGUUCUCUGGUUCUCUUGGUGGGGUUUUCCUGUCCGCCUCUUACCACCAGAUGGCGACAAGUUCCGGUUGGAGUGCGGUGGUGUCAUCAGCCACAGCUGUCAUCAAUUACCCUCAUCAGCGGAGCAUACUUAAGGAGUUGACCGCCAGUCCAGCGUCGCCUGAGUGUUUGCCAGUCACGGUACCUCUGAGCCCCCUUGAGCCCUGUCUCUGUGUUCCUCGUUGCCUUGAGCCUUCUAGUGAUUCUCUUUGUGUUCCUCUGUUGCCUUCAGGUGAUCCCUUUGACACUCUGGACCCGUGGACCAGAGCCUGGCAGCUUUCCUGGUUUCAGAACCUCCCUCGUGACGCCGUGGAAGAUACCCACUGGUUGCCCGAGUUCCCAGACUCACCUCUCCGUUGUUUUGCAAGUAUCUCCUGGACCCCACGGCUGGCGGUCGAACCACUCCGCUGUGUCUCCGUUGCACCCGAGCCUACCUGUCCGUUCUCCGCCGCACUCCCCCGUUUGUUCCUGGACCCACUAAGAGACCGAGACCCUGGACAUACUCAGUUACCCUCCAAGAUUCAGAUCCAACCACCACCAAUGAACCACUGCUGCCUGUUACAGUUGAUUCCCUGGACCAGACCACCUUCCCACACUCUGAUAAUUGUGUACCUUAAUAAAUCACUUAAACUGAUUCUUACUCUCCUGUCUUGUGUUCUGCAUGUGGGCUAGAAACCUUUAACCCAUCAUGACAGUAUUAUUAUUUAUCUGUUGUAGCACCACACAGUUAAGUCAAAUUAAGAAAUAAAUAGCAAGGUCAAGUUAAACCCACUCUAUGUUUCUUUGGAGUCCUGACCAGACUCACCAC